GCAGAGAGAGAGAGAGGCAGGUCGGUGCACUUACACCGGGGAAAGGCUGCUUCUCUUCGGCCUCAACAUGGAGUUUCUACUGGGGAAUCCCUUCAGCACGCCGGUGGGUCAGCGGAUAGAGAGUGCGACCAACUCCAGCCUGCCGUCAGACGACUGGACCCUCAACAUGGAGAUCUGUGAUGCCAUCAACAGCGCAGAGGAAGGACCUAAGGACGCCGUCAGAGCCUUAAAGAAAAGGAUUAUGGGAAACAAGAACUUCAAGGAGGUCAUGCUGACGCUCACGGUCCUGGAGACGUGUGUGAAGAACUGCGGCUACAGGUUCCACAUCCUGGUGACGACCAGGGAUUUUGUGGAGGGCGUGUUGGUGCGAGCGAUCAUCCCGAGGAACAACCCUCCGUUAGUCGUCCACGACCGCGUGCUCAGCAUCGUGCAGGCGUGGGCGGAUGCGUUUCGCAGCUCUCCAGACCUGACGGGCGUGGUGUCGGUGUACGAGGACCUGCGCAGGAAGGGGCUGGAGUUCCCCAUGACGGAGCUGGACGGGUACUCGCCUGAACAAGAUCCCAAAAAGACUGCUCCUGUGAACGGUGCUGCUGUCACUACGCUCCUCUCUUCCAAACCUCCGCUCAUCUCUCCUCAGUGCUCCGAGCUAAAGCUGGCCCUCGAGAGCAACAAUGCUCUGACUCCCAGCCAGAUCAAGCAGCUGAAGGUGGAGCUGGGAGUGGUGCAUACCAACCUGACCAUGAUGUCAGAUAUGAUGAGUCAGAUGGAUCCUGUCACUGUGAAGCAAGCAGACAUGGAGCUCCUGGAGCAGUUAUAUACAGUGUGUAAGGAAAUGCAGGACAGGAUUGUGAAGGUGGUACCGCGGCUCAGCGAGGAAAAGCUGAUCGAAGAACUGCUGGCAGCCAACGACGAGAUGAACACCGCCUUCACCCGCUACCAGAGGUUUGAGAGACGAAUACCAAAUGGACACAACACAGCAGAGAAGAGUCACACAUACGUCAACCUCACAUCAGACUUCGAUUUGACGCCUGAGUCCGGCGUUGCAUCCGUUACAAACGACAGCUCGUUCAGCCUCUCAAAAGCCGACAGUGUGUCCAGUCAGAUGGCGAGACUCAGUACAAGUGAAUCAGAUGACGCAUUAUCUCCGAGAAUAAAUGCCUCAACCCAACAAAGACCGAGUGAUCAGAGUGAAGUGGACGGCAGAAUAAACAGCGCUGCAGCGAUACCCAUCAACCAGAACACCGUGAUGGAUGAUAUUGAGAAAUGGCUAGAUUUGGAGGAUGAGUUUGUGACACAGUACGAUGACUACGAGGAUUCAGACGGAGUGACCAGUGAAGAAUUUGAUAAGUUUCUGGCGGGACGAGCAGAAGCAGCUGAGCGUCUGCCGUCGGUGCGAGCUUCCUCUCAGGAUAACAACACCUCCGAGUCUUAACUACACUUCAGAGAAACUAAUAACACUCAUGAAGCUCCAGCUGCUGGGAGAGGGCAUUACAACCCAUAUCUGAAGGACGCACAGCUGUGUAUAAUACUGCUCUGUACGGUGGAGCAAACAUGUUUUUUUAACCGAUAAAAGGUAACGUUAUUUGAUGAAGGGCGGAGGUUUUACUUGACGUCGUAAUGAGGGUUUGUCCAUGUGUGGGAUGCGAACAUUUGCACAUUUUAUAUGGUUACAUUCCUGCUGUUUAAAAAACAAAAGAGAUAAUAUUGUUACAGACUUUUGCAACAUAGAUGAUGUAUUAUAUUGCUGUUAAAUAAAUAUAUAUAUGUAUAUGUCAUGGUGAUGGUUGCAGAAAACGCCCCUGUCCAAGUAGCACACUGUUAGCUCGUCUGUCAGAGAGGAUGUGAUAUUACAUAAGGAAGGAGUUUGAUGGAGGAUGUUAGAGAAUGAUGUUUUUUUUUUUACAUCCAGCAUCCCCCUGUGAAUAUGUCUUACUUGAAGUUCAACAGGAAGUCAUGGCACACUGCUGUCAUAUAUUAAACUGAAAUAUUAACUGGAA